ACCUUCGCCGCAAAUCUGCAAUGGCGGUUUUUACUAAUCUCCAAAUUGUUUCCGCAUUAUAUAACCGGGAAACCUUUGGUCAUAAAUGGCUCCCCUACUCCGGUCGGCGAUUUCCCUCUCUCUUUCGCGGCGUUAGCGGAGCUCCUUUUUCGUUAUUGCAAUAAUGGCUAUCGCAGAGGAUUGCGUUAGGGUUACCCGGUCGGUGGCUGCGGCGGCGACGAGGAAGAGAGCUGCCGAGGCAGCGGCGAAGCUUCCGAAUAAAAAGCAAAGAGUGGCGCUGAGGGAGAUUCAGAAUGUAUUGCCUCCCCAAAACGUGGAUACAGAUCGAAAACAGAAGUUCCAGGUUUUUCACGAUGGAUUGGAAAUUCCGGCGACGAAGAAAGUGGAGGAGACGGCGGUCGACAUACGCGACGAUCCGCAGAUGUGCGCAGUAUAUGCUCCCGAUAUAUACGAAUACCUUCGUCAAAUGGAAAUGGAGCUUAAGAGACGACCGUCGCCGGAUUACAUGGAGACAGUCCAGAAGGACGCGACGGUGAGCAUGAGAGGAGUGCUGGUAGACUGGCUCGUCGAGGUAUCCGAGGAAUACAAUCUUCUUCCCGAUACACUCUUCCUGACGGUUUCCUACAUCGACCGAUUUCUCUCAGUAAACGCCAUUAGCAGAAAGAGGCUCCAACUCCUCGGCGUUUCUUCAAUGCUAAUCGCCUCGAAAUACGAGGAAAUCGAUCCUCCACAAAUCGAAGAUUUCUGUUACAUAACAGAUUACACUUACAAAAGAGAAGAAGUGAUUAAAAUGGAGGCCGAUGUGCUCAAAUCUCUCAGAUUUGAAAUGGGGAAUCCUACAGUCAAAACAUUCCUCAGAAGCUUCACCAGAAUUGCUCAACAAGACCAUGAGGUUUCUGAUUUACAAUUGGAGUUCUUGUGCUCCUAUCUAGCCGAGCUAAGCUUGCUGCACUACGGCUGCGUAAAAUUCUUGCCGUCCUUGGUGGCUGCAUCUGCCGUAUUCCUUGCAAGAUUCACUCUGCAGCCAAUGCUACAUCCAUGGAAUGCAGCACUGCAGAAACAUUCCGAAUACAAACCUUCGGAUCUCAAGGAAUGCGUCGGCAUUCUACAUGACUUACAAUUGAGCAGACAAGGGCAUAAUUUAGUUGCUGUGAGGGAGAAAUACAAGCAGCAUAAGUAUAAGUCGGUGUCGACGCUGUUGUCGCCGGAGGAAAUUCCGGCGUCUUUCUUGGAAGAGCCUUGAGGAAGAUCGUUGGAUUUUUUAUUCAAUAUUGUUGUAGAUAAGAGCAUUCAGAGUUACCAAAGAACAAAUUAUUUGCCUUUUGAUACCCAUAAAGAAAGGAAAUAAAUAUUUAUGAUGAUAUACAUAUUUUUGCAAUUCUUGCAAUGCUGCUGUGUUUUUGUUUUUGGUAGAGAUUGCCAACUG